GUAAUUUAAAUAAACAUACAACUGUCCAACAGAGGGCGCCAACACAAUCCAGAGCGGAAGAAGAGGCAGAAUUUUAGGCUGCUGUUCCCGAGCAGAGGCACCAUGGCAAAUGGCAAGGACCCUCUUAACCAACUGAAAGACCUGGUGGACCUCAGAGACCAACUUGAGGACAUCCAGAGACGAGUAGAGGAUGAGAUCCAAGCUGGUGUCCCUCCUGGUGGCAGUUUUCUCGCCUCUCCUUUCCUCAAGGGAUUUAUGGCUGGGUACAUAAUUGCCAGACUACGCUCCCCUGCAUUGGUUGGUGUUGCUAUUGGAACAUGUACUGGAAUCUAUGCUGCACAGAACUACAAAGUCCCGAAUAUUGAGAACACCCUCAAAGACUACAUGAGCAGCCUGAAAGGUGGACGUAAAUAACUGUGCCAACUCCAGCUUUUUUACCCUUCUCCCUAAAAACGCACAGAAAAGAAUCUCUUUAAAUAUAUUUUGUACUUGAAAGAUUUAUAUCUGGUUGACAUAAUUGAACGGAAUAGGUCAAAAGUCAUGUUUGUGUGACUAGUUUUCAGAAAUCAUGUUUUCAACAUUUUAAAACAUUAUGUGUAGAGAUAUUGUUUGUUGGUUUUGUUAUUUUUUCAUCUUGGAGGAAAUAUUAAAAGUUUUGCUGCAGGGAAGCACUUUUUGCCAAAGUAAGUCUCAGAAUUAUGCUGCUUAAUGGUAAUUGCAUCAAAACAGGAGUUGGUUUGAGCGAUAUACUGUAUUGUGCCUUUAAUUUAAAUGCUGGGUAUUUCAUCAGUGCACUUUAGAUGCUUAUAGUUAAUUGCACUGUUCAAUAUCAGUAGUAGUUCAGAAAUUGUUUUGUCCCUUGUCUAAUAUCUAUAUCUAUAUCAAGUUAGUUUACAUUUUUUCACUUUAAAGUAAGAUACAUACUAAGGUACUCCUGUGCUAGUACAUUAUGUCUAUACAAAUUGUUUUUGUUUGAUUUUACUUAAACUGGAAUUAGUUAAAUGAUAAUUGUCCUCUACAAUCACACUGUGCCGUUUGAUCCUUGUGUAUCCAUUUUCAAUGCAUGCAGAGUUUGUGUUAAAACAUUGUAUUAUUUGUAUGAUAAAUAAACAUCCAUACAUAUGCAUUCUUAAUACAUUACUGAAAUGUUGCUGUGUAUGAUGGGAAUGCAUACUGCUCUUACAUAAUUAUCUACUAGGCUACUUACUUCACAUUACUGUUAGGGCAACAAAACUAAUAAGGAAUUCAACAUGUAAUAAUCACAGUUCUGCUAAUUCUGCUUUAUUUUUACAAUUGCAUAUUACCUUGUCAAUAAAACCCCUUCACACAUAA